UUGCGUAUCCAACUCUCUUUCUCUCUCUUCUCCUCUCUUUCUCUCUCUCUCUCCUCUCAGUGGUUUAACUGCGUUGACUCAGGCACCGAUUACCCAUAAACCAAAACCACCUCCUUACUUUCCUCUUCUUCUUCUUUCUUCACCGACAUUUCCAAUUAUGCCCUCCGCGGCUCUCUAUAUUUACCCCCCGCACCCUCCUCGCCGGCUCCAUUUCCCCGCCUCCCACCUACCCCUGCCGUCAUUUCCCCUCUCUGGUACCUCUCUUUUCUCUCUCUAGGAAUACAAAAACACCAGUUUUUUCUUUUUCUUUUUCUUUUUUUGGUUGAAUUUUUGGUUGAGAGAUGAAGAGGCUGAGAUCGACCGACGAUCUGGAUUCGUACGGGAAGGAUCCGAAUCCGAACCAGAACCCGACUUCGAAUCCGAACCGCUCGUCGUUGUCUUCUUCCUCUUCGCAUAGAAGCUUUUACUACAAGUCCGAUACUGUACGGAAGGGUUUGAUGUCUUCGUCGUCGUCGGCGACUGCGGCAAGCGGUGGUGGUGGUGGAAGGUACGAUUGGGAUCGAUCGGCGGCGGAGGAUGACAGGGAGGGAGCGAGGAUGGUGCGGAAGCGAUCAGAGCAUGAUUUCGAGGGUUUCGAUCGGAGGAAAGGCUUCGAUCGGUACAGGGAUGGCGGCGGCGGUGGUGGGGGAGAUAGUAGAGGGUACGAUCGGAGCUUGAUGCAUCGGUCGGAGAGCUUUUGCGGUCCGAGGAGGGAGUUUCCGAAGGGGUUUAGGUCGGAGCGGGACCGGUCGAGGAGGGAAGGGAGUGCGGUUUCGUCGUGGCGGAGAUUCGGCGGCGGGAACAAGGAGUUUGAUGAUGGAGUAGGGAGUAGGAGUAGGUUGGAGGAGAGAGGGAAGGGGAUUAGGGAUGUGAGGUCGCCAACGUGGUCGAAUUCGAGGGAUUCCGGGAGUGAGCAGUCUAGGGUUAGGUCUCCUCCGGCGAGGGGAUUGAGGGACGGGAAAUCGGUGUCGGUUUCGAAGUCGAAAUCGAAGUCUCCGACUUGGUCGAAGGACUCGGUGGGGAGCGAACAGUCGAAGUGUGUUGAGGGGAAGAAGACAACUGAGGAGGAGGGCGUCCAGGUGCAGAGUGGUAGCAGUAGUGAAAUGGAGGAAGGAGAGCUUGAGCCAGAACCGGAACCGAAAUCCGAUGCCGGAGGCAAACCUGAAUCGGUUCCUGAAGUUGAAGGUGAUAAGGAAGAAGUUCAGGUUCAUGGUGGGAUGGAGAUUGAUCAUAAGGAAAUUGAGAGUGAGGAUAUGAACACUAGUGUAAAGGAUAAAUAUGAGUUAUUGAAUAAAGAAGAUAUGGAGGAAAGGAAUGAGAAGGUUGUUUGUGAAGUUAAGGAUGUGGAUGAAGAAGUUAAUGGAUUUUCAAAUCAUGAGGGCAAUUCGGCUAGUGAAAAACUCGACGGCGGGUCCAUUAACGGAAUUGAGAUCUGUAAUGAAGGUGGUGAGAGAAAUCAAGAAUGCUUGAGGGGUGGUGGGGAGCGCAAGGAUGAGACGGCACAAGGCCACCCGGUUGAUGAGAAGUCGAUGCAAUCUGAUGGGGAACGCAAGGAGGACAAGGGUAUUGAUCUCGAAGUCAAGGUGGAGGGUUUCGAAGAGAGGAGGAUGGGUGAAGAACGGACGGAGAAUGGAGUGGCUAAACAAGAUAUGACAAAGGCAACAGAGAGUUUGACUCUGAGUUUGAAGGACAAAGGGAAAAGUGUAGUGGUUACUCUGACCCAUGUUGCGGAUUCCGCCGCAGAUAAUGGUGGCUGGAUUGAGAGAGAGCCUAGAGAUCUCAUGAAUUGCAGGGAGAGUGAUAUGGAAAUGGAAGGACCCAGCACUAGAGGGUUUGAGUUGUUUGGUAACUCUCCUGUUAAAAGGCAGGAGAAAGCCGAUCAGUCUGGCGCCAAUAGUAUGCAGAAGAACGAAAAGCUCGUGCUCGAACCGCUCGAUCUUUCUCUUAGCUUACCCAAUGUCUUGUUACCCAUUGGUGCAGCUCCCGGUUCUCCCGGUCAAGCAAGGAGUGUUCAGUCCUUGAGUAAUACGUUUCGCACCAAUUCGGAUGGGUUUACUGCAUCGGUGUCCUUCUCGGGCUCUCAGUCAUUUUAUCACAACCCCAGCUGCUCUCUGACCCAGAAUUCGAUGGACUUCGAACAAUCAGUUAAAAGUCGUCCCCUUUUCGGGGGGAUUGACUGGCAGGCGCUAGCUCAGAAUGAGCCAAAGAAUAAUAAAGAAGUUCCCUUGUAUCAAAGGAUCUUGCUGAAUGGAAAUGGGUCUCAAUCUUAUCAGCAAUCUCAACCGGCUUCGAAUGGUCAAUCUGGGCAAGGUCAGCAUCCCUGGAUGCCUGAGGGCAGUAGCUCUAAGAUAACCAAUGGUUUGGAAAGGCAGCUCAGCUUCCAUAAGCAGUUAUCAGCAGGACACUCAAGGCACCACCAUGAUGAUGUAAGGUCACCUUCCCAUAGUGUUGGGUCUCAUGAUAUCGGGUCAACUUAUAGUUUUGAGAGGAAGAGACUGAUGAGAGAGAAAAGUAGUGGUAGUUUAUAUAGGACUGGUAGCUCUAAAAUGGACCAAGAACAGUUUCCUUUUGGUGGGGUUGAAUUUGUUGAGGCAGUCAUUAGCAGGAUAGUCUCAGAACCGAUUCCAUUAAUGGCUAGGAAAUUUCAUGAGAUGAAUGGGCAAUCCUUGGCAUAUAUAAAGGAUAGUGUUCGCGAGAUCGUGCUGAAUGCAGAUAAGCGUCGGCAAAUAAGUGCAUUACAGAAAGCGCUGGUGAACAGGCCUGAAUUAACUUUGGAAAUGCUUCUGAAAUCCCAUAGGGUACAGUUAGAAAUAUUGGUUGCUCUCAAGACUGGUUUACCGGAUUUUCUUCAGCAAGAUACAAGUGUUUCUUCAUCUGAUUUGGCCGAGAUUUUUCUCAACUUAAGGUGCAGAAAUCUUGCUUGCCGGAGUCCUGUGCCUGUGGAUGAAUGUGAUUGCAAAGUUUGCUCUCAGAAGAAUGGCUUUUGCAGCUCUUGUAUGUGUCUUGUCUGCUCGAAAUUUGACAUGGCAUCGAACACAUGUAGUUGGGUUGGUUGCGAUGUAUGUCUGCAUUGGUGCCAUGCGGAUUGCGGGCUGCGGGAAUCUUAUAUCAGAAAUGGACGAAGCGCCACUGCACAAGGAGCAUCUGAGAUGCAAUUUCAUUGUGUCGCUUGUGAUCACCCUUCCGAGAUGUUUGGCUUCGUGAAGGAGGUUUUUCAAAAUUUUGCAAAGGAGUGGUCAGCUGAAACACUUUCCAAGGAACUUCAAUAUGUCAAAAGAAUUUUCGCCACGAGCAAGGACUUGAGAGGGAGACGACUUCAUGAGUUUGCUGGUCAAUUGUUGGCAAGAUUGACGAAUAAGUCUGACCUGCCUGACGUUUACAGUCAUAUCAUGGCCUUCCUGAAUGAUAGUGAUUCUUUCAAGUUGAGCGGUAUGCCUCUUACAUCUGUAAAGGAACAAAGUGAAGGAAGCAAUGGGAUUGCCGGGCCAAGCCAAGAGCCUGCGUGGCUAAAGUCUGCUUAUCAGGGAAAGGUCCCUCAGUUGGAAAUACCUGCCAGUUUACUUCCCAGCUAUAGCUAUGACAGGAAUGAUAAACGCAUCGUGGACUUGGAGUUGCAGACAAGUAGUGCUCUGAAGGAACCUCUUUUCGAUGAAUUGGAGAAUAUUGUGAAAAUCAAACUAGCAGAGGCUAAAAUGUUCCAGGCACGGGCGGAUGACGCAAGAAGAGAGGCAGAGGGGCUGCAGCGCAUAGCCAUGGCAAAGAACGAAAAGAUUGAGGAAGAGUAUGCCAGUAGAAUCGCGAAGUUGCGAUUGGCUGAUUCCGAGCAAUUGCGUAAACAGAGAAUCGAAGAACUGCAGGCUAUAGAACGGACACAUCUUGAGUACUUCAAUAUGAAGAUGAGAAUGGAAGCAGAAGUAAAAGAUCUUUUAGUGAAAAUGGAAGCUACAAAGCGGAACCUUGCUGCGUAAAUUGGCCGAUUAACAAAUUUUUCCGUCGAUUUGUCAUGUUUCGCAGGUAAUUACAUCCUUACGUUUCGAAAUAUUGUUUCUAAUGAAAUCUAAGGUUCUGAUCCACAGUAGUUAUUUUUAUCUUUAGGUGUUUUUUCGGUUUUUGGAGAUAUUUGUUUUUCUGUUAAUUAGCUUUGGAACCGCUAACCAAUUAUGUACAGAGUCUGAUCUCUUGUGCUGUAAAUUACCCUCCAACUUGUUGGAAACUAUCUUAAAGUGAGAUUAUUGAU